UAUUAGUAUUCCAUGAAUUUGUGCAACCUGCGACGAAAACGUCAAUUCUUAAUGUUUUUUCAAUCAAACUCAUCAAGACGUGAAUUCCUAUAGCAACCUGUUUUUGGAAUCUUUAAUGUUUAAUGAAAACGCCAACCAGGUUUAAGAGUCCAUGCUUAAACAAACACUUGUUAAUUAAUCCAGGAUUAAUUAAUCCCAUUAUACGACAAAUCUGCCGUCUUGAUAGUUGAUACGAAAUCAAACCCAUGUAAAACCAACCACAUUCAUCCAAACAACUCACCAGUUUCUGUGCACUUUCUCCUUUCGUUUGUGUAAAUCCAAAAACACCCUGUCAAUUAAGAUAACAUUUACCCAAAACAAAAACAUCAUAUCUUCCGAAAAACAGCACAUCCACCUCAUCUCGUUUUAAUUAAUCCCAACAACCCCCAAGAUUAAUAUUAUUUAUUCAUUAAGCAUCCUCAACUCACGUACACUUCUCUUUCCAAACAAUACUUGUGAUCCAGACUAAAUGAUCAAGCAAGACACUUUGUUCAUUCCCGGUUUUCCUUCCAACACCGGCCCGAAUCAAGAAACCAUGUUUGUAGACACUGAACCAAACCCGACAUCCGAUCCAAUCUCGGAUUGGUUAGAGGAUUCAGCAUCUUACAUACCAUCUUUUCUUGAUGACCCUUUUGGAUCUAAUACUAUCAUUGAUGAUCGUUGGUGGGUCCAACCUCAAGAUCUUGAUCAAGAAAUCUUUAGUACUAGUGUUGCCAACAGCACAAACACACCCGCUACAACUUCUGAUUUACUUGUUUUCUCCGAUCAGUCAAAGCAGCUUACUACCGAUUCAUCCAAGAAACGAAAAGCACCAUCGACGGCACAAGUUAAAAAGCCCGUAAAUAGACGGGGUCAAGGAAAGUCAACAAAGGAUGGUUGUAAUAGCGAUAACAGAAGCGGCAGGUGGGCCGAGCAGUUGCUGAACCCGUGUGCCUCAGCUAUUAGUGCCGGAAACGUAUCACGUGUCCGGCACCUGCUUGUCGUCCUCCGUGAACUUGCUUCGCCCACGGGGGACGCCAAUUACAGACUGGCGGCAUACGGGUUACAAGCCCUGUCCCACUAUCUCUCCACCACCCGUGCCAGGGUGGCGGAGGUGGUUCUGCCAGCUUCCAAUUUUUCCACUGUCAAACCAAAAUUCUUCCAACAAUCGCUUAUCAAUUUUAAUGAUAUUAAUCCUUGGUUUACCAUCCCGAACCAUAUCGCCAACAACGCCAUCCUCCAGGUGUUAUCAGACCAUGACCGCGGGUCGAGUGGUGGUUUACACAUACUUGAUAUCGGUGUCUCUCAUGGGGUCCAAUGGCCCACGCUGCUAGAAGCACUGAGUCGCCUGCCACGAGGACCUCCACCAUUGGUUCGACUAACCAUAGUAACCCCAACACCCGAUAACACCCAGAUUCCCUUCGCAAACGGGCCACCCGGUCACAAUUUCAUCUCAAACAUUCUCCGUCUAGCAAACGACUACAAGAUCAACCUACACAUUAACACAGUUGACAGCUGUCCUUUACAAAAUCUAAAUACUCAAAUCAUCAAAUCAUCUCCUGAAGAUAUCUUAAUUGUAUGUGCUCAGUUUAGACUUCACAAUCUGAACCACAACAAUCCAGAUAACAGAACUGAGUUCUUAAAAGCUAUGCGACGUCUCGAACCAAAAGGAGUGAUAUUAAACGACAACAACGCGGACUGCAGCUGUAACAGCUGCAGUACGUUCGAGACAGGGUUCGCGAGGAAGGUGGACAACUUGUGGAGUUUUUUGGACUCAACAAGUGUGGCAUUUAAAGGGAGGGACAUGGAUGAAAGAAAGAUGAUGGAAGGUGAGGCUUCAAAGGCGUUAAUGAGCAUGUGUAGUAUGAACGAACGGAAAGAAAAAUGGGCUGAAAGGAUGAUCGGUGCUGGGUUCGCAGGGGAUGUCUUUCGGGAAGAUGUUAUGGAGGGAGCGCGGGCCUUGUUGAGGAAGUAUGACAACAAUUGGGAGCUGAGGGUUGAUGAAUGUGUGGGGUUAUGGUGGAAAGGGCAGCCUGUUUCAUUUUGCUCUUUGUGGAAAAUAGAUUCAAAAAGUAGUUAGAAGUUAGAACCGUUACCAUCAACAAAUAAGCUAAAUAUGCAUUAUUUCUAUCAGUUUAAUCUGUUUUUCUUCUCAAAUGUCUGCUCUCUUGAAUUUGAUUUAUGGGAUGAAAAAAUAACCGAGUCGGGCAUUUCAUCGAA